AUGGCCCCAACUCGACCUUCGGAUAUCGACAACUUUUUUGCUCGAUACCAAAAUCCCAUUCUUGGGACCACUUUUGCGACACAGGUUCUCCAUUAUCAAUACAUACGGCGAACUCAACCGGCAAUUGAUUCGGGCGUCGCUACUGCUGUCAGAAGUACUUCUUUUCCACGACCGUUAAGAGCUGGCCUUGGGUGGGCAGUCGUGUUUAUUGGACUUUUGACCAAGAUCACGUUGGCGAAGAAGUCCAUAAGAGACUUUUCAGAUCCGAUCCUUGCUGCCAAAACCGAAAGAAAACAGUGGAAACAGGUCUCCAAAGAGGAACUGUAA